CAGCGUGAUGUCACAAUGGCUGCCUCUUCCACCCCUGUGGCAGCGGUGGGAGCGGUGGCUCAGUCUCUUGUGAGAGGCGCAGGAAGAGGACCCAGAGAGAGCAUUGUGUCUAUCUGGAGAUAUCCUGCUGUGAUGGAGCGGCUGAGAGCCCUUCGAGGUCUCUUUGCCUGUGUGGGCUGCAUGCCCAGAUGUAGGCGUUGCAGGGAGAGAGGCAGGGCGGCAAGCCCUGUCCCCACCUGUGCCGUGACUUUGCUGCUACAGCGCCUGCAAGAUCAGGAGGGUGACCGAGCGCAGGCGUACUGUGAGCUGGAACACGUCCUGUGGGAAGAUGACAGCCGCCCGCCGUGCGGAGUGGUGAACCGGCUGCUGGCUGAGGUGUCCCAGGACCUGACGGCAGCCCAGGGCGUGACAGGCAAUGUGAGGAUGGCUGCCAGCAAUGCCCUGGUGGCUCUGGCCCGGACACACUUCAGCUUGGUGAUGGCUGAGCUCCAGGGCCACCUGAAGGCCACAGGGGAGAUGUCCAAGGAGUUUGUGCUCAUCACCCUGAGCAAACUGUUCAGCUGCUACGCUCCACAGUGCAUCUCCUUCAUGUGGCAGACGCUGGCCGGCCUACGCAGUGUGGUGGGCCAGGUGAAGAGUGGCCAGACCCUGCAUGUUGCUUGUGCUGUUGUGAAACAAUGGUCAGAAGGAGUCAAGUUUCACUUGUCCUCUGGAAAGCAAUGCCCCUGGCCUGCCAUGGAGAAAGAGCAAAUCUAUGAGAAUCUUCACCAGCUCUUCUGCUCUGUGGUGAGGAACUGGCAGGACUGCAAGGAGGAAAAGGACAAAAAGGCCAUCCUCGGGGCUGUGGCUGCCAUGAUGGCUGUCCUCCUGCAAGAGGAGAUGCACCGAGAGCAAGUCUGGGAGCACCUCCUCUGGCUUGGGCACCUGUGUCAGGAGGUCCAAGACACCUUCAGGGUGGCCAAGAGCCUCAGUAUCUUCCUGGAGGCCUUGGAGGGAGUUGAGUGUGUUAUCCCCAAGGACAAGUUUCUGGCCAUCACCAGUGCUGUGUUCUACCAGCUCUCUGAUGAAACCAAGCAGCACAGCGAGACUGACAAAGUAGAGCUGACCCACUGCAUCCUGCUGCAGGCCCGGAUCUGCCCAGAGGAAACGGUCCUGUUUCUACAGUCGCAGCUGGGUAGUGAGAGGGAGGCUGGAUGCGUGGCAGCCCUGGGUCUGCUCGGUGCUCUGGCUCGCUCUGAUGAUCCUGUGAUGACAGAGAAGCUGCCCCAGGUUGCAGAGGCUGUGCAGUGUCUGUGCAGUGACCUCAGGAUCCGGGUGCGGAGGGCCAUUCUGCAUUUCAUCAAGGACAUGCUCAGUGCUAACGCCCGGAGCUGCUCAGCCUGGGAUGUGGUGGGGCACAUCUUCAGUGAGUUCAGCCGCACCAUGGGAAGAAGGGCAGCCGGAGACCUUUCUGCCCAGGAAGCCCAGGAAGAAGGAACUCUCCAAGAGCUGUGCAUGGACAUCCUGGGAUCACUGGAUGUCUCUGUGAGCGGGAUGUCCAAACUCCUGUGGCCCCGGCUGCUGCUGUACGUGGUGCCAGCCCAGUACACGGGCAUGCUGAUCCCAGUCUCCCAUUGCAUCCAAGCCCUGGCGCAGAGAGAGGAUCUGACAGAGCAGCAGAUAGAAGAACUGGAUUCCCAUUUUGUCAGCUCCAUAUUUCAAGGCCCAAUGCUGACUCCCCAGACACUGCUGGCACGCCUGUUGGUGGUGGCAGGGAGCCCUUUUGCAGGCAGCGAACUCCAAGCUGCUGCCUUGCUGCUUAUGCAAAACCUCCACAGCAGGAUCCACGGAGCUGUGGGGGCCAUAUGGGCUGCUGAGAUCCCCCUGCUGCUGCAGUACCUUGAAGGGAAAGAUGAGAGCGUCCUGGACUUUGCAGAGUGGGAGCACCAUCUGCUAAAGUUCCUGAGGGCAUCGCUGGAGACCGUGGAGGAUGAGGCCUGGACCGAGGCCCUGAGCUGCGAGUUGAGCCGGUGGUUGAGCAGCUCUCCCAGCGGCUCUGGAGAAAAGUCUUUCCUGUACAAGGCUCUGGGGACAGUGCUGGGAGCUUGUAAGGAAGUCCUCCACAUCCAAGAGAAGCUCCUGCAACACCUGGAGGAAGCAAACGCAGAGGAGCCAUCUGAGGCUCAGGGAAUGAUCUCUCUUCUCAGCCAUGCUGCUGAGAGCAACUUCCACACAGUCCUGGACACACUCACCAUGUUUGCAUCCAGGCUGUGCAAAGGCCAGAAUGCGAAGAUCUCCAGACACAAGAAGAUGGAGCUGGACAGCAGAAGAGCUCAGGCCACACGCAGCGCUCUCAUCCUCGCCCAUGGCAGCUUGGCACUGCGAGCCUCCAAGGAACAGCUGCUCGCCCACCUAGAGGGAGACAUUGUGGGCAACAUCCUGCUGCUCUACAGCUGCAGCUGCUGGGACUUGCAGAACAAGCUUGCGCUGGUGCAGAGCAUCACCGACUUGAGCUCUGCCUUCCAAGCUGUGGGUGACUCUGCCUGCUUUAACCUCUCCUUGAAGGGCAAGCUGCUGGAGAUCCUUAUGGACUUGCUGAAGAGGUAUUACUUGGGCACCCCUGUCUCCCCUGUGCCCCUCAAGGUGGUUCUGGCCCUGGAGCAGUUGAGCAAGCUGAAGCCAUCUUUAGAAAACAAGCACAUUUCUGAAAUGUUGGUUCUGUGCUGCAAGAACAUUGUGACACAUCCUUCAGCAGGGAUGAUGCUGAAGAUCAGGAAGUCACAGCAAGCAGCUCAGUACCUGCAGCUUCUGCAAACAUCGUUGAAAGCUCUGGCCAGGCUCAUGAUGGUCCUGCUUGAGACAGAGUCCAACCGUGGCUUCUUCCAGAACAUAGUCCAUGUCCUGCAGAGAUCUAUGACAUCAGACAACAUGUGGGAGCGCAAGAGGGCCCUGCAGACCUGCUCCCAGCUGCUGGCUGCUUGUGAAGAGCGUGGAAGAGGAGAUGCCUGCAAGCACUUUGGCUCCUUGGUGGGAUUGCUGGCACCUCUGACGUGUGACCCCAUGCCCACCUCCCGCCAGUUGGCUGUCACCUGUCUGAGCUCCCUUCUCCGAAUCCAAGCCAAGGUGACCAACAAAGCCAUCGAGACAGGAGACAUCAGGAGCCUGUGUGAGAGGCUGAAUGACUGCAGCACUGCCUGUCAGCUCCAGAACUCGUCCAAAAUCGCAAGGAUUGUGUGCAGAAACUUCCCCCUGGAACACACCACAGACUUCGUGAUGGCCAUCAAAGACACCUUCCAGAAGGCCAAAGGAACGCGUGUGCGUGCUGCUGGGAAGUGGCUGAUCACCUUUCUGCAGAUGUAUGGAAAGGACAUCUAUCGGGAUGAGCUACUGAUCCUGUACACUCUGCGCAGCUGCACGUUUUUCCCGCAGCAGAGCGCAUUCAUGCCUUUCGUGUUCCAGGCGGUGGUCAUCCUCACCCACUGUCAUGCAGAAGACACAAUUGACAACUUCUCCCGGCUGCCUAGGCCUACAGAAAGUGAGACGUGGAAGAGAAUAAUAGAGUUUUGUCUUCAACGGUGGAGACGGUAGAAGAAGAGAAGGGAAGGGAAGGGAAAGGAAGGGAAGUGAAGUGAAGCGAAGGGAAGUGAAUUGAAGCGAAGUGAAGAGAAAAGAAAAAAGAAGAGAAAAGGAGAAGAAAGGAAAAGAAGAAGGAAAAGGACAAGAGAAGAAAAGAGAAGAAAGGAAAAGAAAGGAAAGAA